AAUUAUCGACAUAAGCGGACAAAGGCUGCGUUGUCAUUCUCUCUCCAUCUCUCUCUCCCCUGGUUCUCUCCCAAUCUAAUGACACCGCCUCACUUGCGUUGCUUAUCAGUCCCUGGCUUCUCUUGGUCUCCUCCAUCCUCCUCCUCCUCUCUUCUCCUGCGCAAAUUCGGCAUGUCAGUGAAUCAGAGAACUAGCUAUGCAGAGGGGAAACCGGCGCUUAGGGGCGUGGUUUUCGACAUGGAUGGGACGCUUACGGUGCCGGUGAUCGACUUCGCGGCGAUGUACAGGGCAGUUCUUGGUGAUGAAGGUUACACCGCGGCCAAGUUUGGGAGUCCAGGUGGUAGCGUUGAUAUUCUCCAUCAUAUCGAAACAUGGCCACCGCAGGAGCAGCAGCGUGCCUACGAGAUCAUCGCCGAUUUCGAGCGACAGGGCCUUGAUAGGCUCCAGAUAAUGCCUGGUUUAUUCUCUGUCAAAACUUUUUUUACCUUUUUUUUGGAAGAUUAUCUUAUUUGCUUAUUAGGAGGAAAAGCUCAUCCUUACUCUUUUAUAUUUGUGCUAUUGUGGAGAAAAUCUCCAGUUGCUAAUGUUGUUACGGUUUUAUUUUUGGUGGAGAUGGGGAAGCACGUCAGAUCAUUGAUAAACUAAUCAAGUAUGAAAUUUUAGCCAACAUUUGAAGUUUAUACUGUCAUUGCCAGCCAUCAAAUAUGUGAAAAAUAUUAUGACGUAAAAAUAAGAAGAAGCUAACACUGCAUAGACUAAAGCUUAUUGGUUCAAAGUACACGAGUAUGGGCCAACAAACGAGGAGACUCUAAAAAAUAUUCAACUCAUCAUCCCAUCUUAGAGGAUGAUCAUAAGCUAACUUGACAUCUUGCUGAAGGAUGUCAACACGUGAGCCAUCUUAUGAUAACAUACACAUAACUAGAGAUAGUCUAACCAAUAUGAUAUAGGAUAUGUAGGAUCUUUAUGUUGAAGGCACGACUUGAUUAGUAUCUCCUUAGGGUGGUGCUGAAAGCUUAGUUUGAUUGUAGUGAAACAAAUAUUUAGGAUUUACACUGACUUAAUAUUGAAACUUCUAGGAUAUCAAAGGAGGAAUUCCUUGAAAAAAAGGGGGAGUGACUUCAUAUCAAAAUUUUGGUAUAUCAAUGAACUGAUGUUGAUAUUUUUAUGAAUGUUAGAUCAGUAGUUAAGGAGUUGUGAUAUUUUUAAUCUGGUUACUCAAAUUCGAAAAUUAUUUAUAUAUAUUAGGCUUUUAAUUAAGAUAUCUUAGGAUUGUUGGGGGGUUGAGACUUUAGAAUGUCAUGAGGGAUGUGGACGAUUAUUUGGGAAAAUUUUGAAGCCAUUGGAUGUAUUUUGAGGUUGAGAAAAGUGAGUAUUGAGAUUAUGUAGAAGAGAUGAGAAUUGCAGUAGGAAAGUUGAGGAAUAAUGUUGAGAAAAGGUAACUAAGGGUUAACCAAAGCCAUAUAAGAUCGGUCACCAAGCUUUAUCGAGGAGUAUAGCAACCACCAAACUUUUUCACAUGAAACGUAUACAAUCAUAAAGCAAUUUUUUUUAUAAAUCCAAAAGUAUAGAGCAAUGCCCUAUGUACAAGUAUUUUUCAAGUCUAGAUUAUUUCAAAAAGCUUGAGGGGCUAAUAAAAUAGUAUUAUAUACAUUGACAACUUAUUCUAAUAUUAAAAAAAAAAGAGAAAUAAAAUAAAAUUUAAAGCUUUUAAAAAUAGAAAAAUUCAGAUUGAUUAAAUAAGGCAAUUAGAGUGGUCAUGAAAUCAAUUAAUUUUUGAAGACAUUUGCUUUUUUUAUUAGUAUGACCUACCUACAUAUCAAGGGAUCCUAAAGUAAACUUCUUAAUUAUUCUUCAAUGAUUUUAUGAGAUUAUGUGUCGCCCUUAGGCUUGCAUGAAGAGUUGUAUAUGAUGAAUGACCAAAAUCUUGAUGUAGUACCUUGAUUUGUCAUCUUGUCUUUGACUUUUAUUAUCAUGGUGUUGCAUCAGCCCCACUGGACUUUAAAAAACUCUGCUUUAUAGAGUUGAAGUUCAUGUGUUCAUUAAUAAGACUUGGGGCAAGCUUAUCAAAAUCCUUUAGUCAUCUAAGUGUCCUUAAAAGGAGUUUGGUCUUUUUAUUUGAAUAAGAAUCUAGAUGAUGUGCCUCUUGGUUGUGAGAGCUCUUCUAAAAUGAUGCCCUAACUCCCCAACUCCCUGCAUGAAAAUGAUCUUUGGCUAGAGAUUAGACAAAGCUCCGAGGCUUCAAGUAUCCCAAAAUUCCUUUUGAGCACCACCGCCAACAACCCUUCAUUGUCCAAUCGUCACAGUCAGACUUUUGCCCUACCAACCAUUGCUGACCUCUGCCCGGCUGCCAAUCGCCAGACUACUGCCUGACCACCAUUGUUGGACCUUCAUCAACCAAGCAUCGCCGGAUUUCUACUCGAUCAUCGUCGCUAGAACUCUGCCCAGCUGUCGACCGUUUUCAGAUCUCCAUCCAAUCGCCACUGCCAAAUCUCCUCAUGGAUAACCUUUGCAAAGUCCCCAUCACCGGAACUCCGCCUGGUUGCCACCACCAAACCUCCCUCGUGCUGCGAAUUGCCAGUUGACCUAUGCCUAGUCCCUACCGCCAGUCCUUUGCCCAACUGCCAACUAUCAUCAAACCUCAGCCCGACUCCAUCGUCACUUGAUCUAUGCCUGGUCGCCGUUGUGUCGGACCUCCACUCGGUUGCCACCAUCGUCGACCUCCUCGAGACCUUUACCCAGCCGCUACCACCAGACUCCUGAAUUGAAUGAAGCCAUUCUUGAAUAUAAUGAAUUUUCUUAGUAGCUUGAUCAACCACUUGAGGUUCUUAGAGUUUGUUCUCACCCAUCUCAGACAAGCAUAAAAGAGAUCUCUAUAACGAGCCUCAUAUGAUAUAAUGUCGAUGCUAGCUUGAAAAUUAUUAUUGUAAACAAAUUCUACAAGUAGAAUACAGUCUUCCCAACUAUAUCUAAAAUCAACAAUGCAAGGCCUCAACAAAUCUUCUAAUAUCUGAAUGGUGCGCUCUAGCUGACCGUCUGUCUGUGGGUGAAAUAUAGUGUUGAAAUAUAACCUUUUACCCAAAGCAUCUUGUACUUUUUUCCAUAACCUUGAAGUUAAUCUUCUAUCUCCAUUUGACACGAUAACAAGUAGAAACCCAUGCAGUUGAAUAUAUUGUCAAUGCGGAUAGUUGCUAACCUCUCAACUGAGGUUAUUCAAUGGAAAGAUUAACAAAGAUUUAUGCAGACAAUAUCAUUUGACUGUAUGAGAUUCCACUUGUUAUCAUGUCAGACAGAGAUAAAAGAUUUACUUUAAAGUUAUUGAUGAAAAUGCAAGAAGUUUGAGUACGAGGUUAGAUUUCAGCACUAUAUUUCACCUACAGACAAACGACUAGUUAGAGCGUACCAUUUAGAUAUUUGAAGAUUUGUUGAGGCCUUUCAUUAUUGACUUUGUAGGUAGUUGAGAAGACUACAUUUCACUUGUGGAGUUUGCUUAGAAUAAUAGUUUUCAAGUUAGCGUCGGCAUGACACCAUAUGAGACUCUUUAGGGCAGGAAGUAUUGAUCUCUUUUAUACUAGUUUGAGGUGGGUGAUAGGAAUCAUAAGAUCGCAACUGGUUGAUCAAGUUAUUAAGAAGAUUCAUUAGAUUCGAGAGCUUCUUUCAAUUUCAAGAGUAUUAGAAAAUAUUUUUUAAGCCUAAGCAUAAAAUGGUUGAGUUUGAGGUUGAAAAUCAUGCAUUUAUCAAAACUUUACCUAUAUGUGGGGUUGCCAGAUUUAGCAAAAAUGGAAAGCUUCAGCCUCAUUUCAUUGGACCGUUCUAAGUGAUCGAAAGAGUUGAUAGAGUUUCAUAUAGAUUGGCUCAUCAUCCGAGGCUCAAAAGUGCACAAUAUUUUUCAUCUCCCUUCUACGACACUACAUGCAUGAUAGUUAUCAUAUUAUUUUGUUCGAGCCCCUAUUGAUUUAAGAAAAUUUGAGCUAUGAAGAGAUACCAUAGUGCAUUUUGGAAUGCGAAAUUAGCCAUCUUCAUCGAUGAUCUAUUUCCUUUUUCAGAGUACUUUGGAAGAACUAGCCAGAACAAGAAGCCCUUUGGGACAUU